UUCUCUGUCUCCACAUUUUCUCUUUCUCGCUCUCCCUCGCUCUCUUCCUCCUUAGCUUCCUUUAACAGCAGGGAUGUAGUCCUCUGCCUCUUUCAAACUUCAGCACCUGCUAUGCUGUGAACUCCUUGGUGACCUCUAUUGAUUCUAUUGAGACCGCUCCUUACUGAGAUAUUUUGCUCCACUUGUUUGAGAGGAUCUAAGAGGACCUUAUUGGGUUUGGAAGUUGUUUGAUUUCUCUCUAUACCCUGGUAGAACUACAGGACCAUGGCCAUGAAGGAGACCAUUCUGCCCAUCAGCGAGGUGUCUGGCCCGGCCCCGUUGCCCUACCCGGAGGUAGUGGAGCUCAACGUGGGUGGCCAGGUGUAUGUCACGAAGCGCUCUACCCUGGUCAGCGUGCCCGACACCACCCUGCACGCCAUGUUCACCCGGUGCCCGCCACGGGAGCUGCCAAGGGACAGCCGCGGGCGCUUCUUUAUCGACCGCGAUGGCUUCCUGUUCCGCUACGUGCUGGACUUCCUGCGAGACCGCCAGCUGGUGCUGCCCGACCACUUCCCUGAGCGUGAGCGCCUGCAGAGGGAAGCCGAGCACUUCCAGUUGGGCGAACUGCUGCGCCUCCUGGGGCCCCGGGUGGGUUCCAAGCAGGGCUCCAUGAAUGAUGAAGGCUGCCACAGCGAUAUUGAGGAGAGCUCACAAAGCAGUGAGUACCCCACAGGUCGUACCUUGACUUCCUCGGACAAGAGGUCAGGGUUCAUCACCAUCGGCUACAGGGGAUCCUACACCACGGUGCGGGACAAUCAAGCCGACGCCAAGUUUCGACGCGUGGCCAGGAUCAUGGUGUGUGGACGCAUCGCCCUGGCCAAAGAGGUGUUUGGGGAAACACUGAACGAGAGCCGGGACCCAGACCGGCCGCCGGAGAAGUACACGUCAAGGUUUUACCUCAAGUUCACCUACUUGGAGCAGGCAUUUGACCGGCUUUCUGAGGCGGGCUUUACAAUGGUGGCUUGUAAUUCCACGGGAACAGCCGCUUUUGUCAACCAGUACAGGGACGACAAACUCUGGAGCAGCUACACAGAGUACAUCUUCUUCAGGCCGGCAUCGAAGAUCAUCUCCCCCAAGCAGGACUGUGAGGAGCGCCAGAAGGACAAACUGGGCACCGACAAGGGCAGCGAGAGCGGCACCUCCCUCAACGAACUCUCCACCUCCAGCUCCGAGACCCACUCUGAGGCCACCUCGCCCCAGGACGGCCCCAACUUGGGUGGGGGAGGCGGCGGGGGAUCCAUGGCCCCCUGCGGAGCCCUCCAGUCUGUCUCUCGGCAGCCCAGCACCCUCACCCUUGGGCGGCCCUCCAAGAAGGGCUCGUCAGUGCAGUGGAUGCAGCUGCCAGAUAAGCGACGCAACAGCGAGCUCUUCCAGUCGCUGAUGGGGCGUGAGGGCGGCCUGAGCAGGAAGAAGAACACGGAGAGACCCAGCGCAGAGGAAGAGAUGAAGCAGUGCAUACAGGACUUUAACAACAUCAAAAUCCCACAGGCUUUCCCCGAGCGCAAGCGGCAGUGGCAGUCCGAACUACUCCAAAAGUACGGUCUAUAGGGACCCUUUUCUAUCACCAUGCCACAAGCAGUAGUCAUUUAAUUUGGAUUCCCUCCAUUUGGCUGGUUUUAAGUGCUAUGAUUAAUUCUAAAAUGUCUUCCAGUUCAAAUGAAGUUAAAAGGAUGAUCAACAAACUGUUUUUGUGAGGGGAGGCACAAGGUUAGUAAGCACAUGCAUUUCUGGGGCACAUGUUAAAAGAAGCACAGCAGAACUCCCCUUUACCGGUAUGUUGUCUCUUCAGUUCUAGAUUGCAUUGGAGAUUACGUUUGAAACAAUAUGCCUAUGUGAACAGUAUAUGACUACUGUACAUUUGUCCAGUUUAUUAGGUACACCACCCGUUCACAAAAAUGGUUCGCUCCUACAGACAGCAAGUCAGGUGGCUGUGGUAUGCUAUAUAAAGCAUGCAGACAUGCAAAGAGGCAUUCAGUUACUGUUCGACUGACUGUUCGAAUGGGCAAAAUACAGUUGAAGUCAGAAGUUUACAUACGCCUUAGCCAAAUACAUUUAAACUCAGUUUUUCA